AUGACAACAAUCUUUGAGCGAUCUAUUGGUAAUAACCUACCUGGAACAAGGGUUAACUUCUCCACAUCAGUCGGCAAGAUGACCAUUUCAUUUGACAAAGUUCCAAGAUAUUUCGAAACACGAUCUCAAGAUGUAAUCAAAACUGUCAAAUUUGACGAAGCAUUUAAUCAAAAAUGCUUGCCACAUAUACAUAAUCUUGGAGAUCCAGCUUCUUAUGAAGAUAAUAAAGUAAGGAUUAUCAUGGCGUUUAAUUAUAUUAAACAAGAGCAUAAACUAUACGGAUCUGUUUCACUUUACAUGAAGAGUGAUAAGGCAUUCAAGAUCAGAACUUUUCAUGGAGAUGCUGAAAUCGACUACAAUUCCAAUUGGAGCUACUUUGCCGCUUGCAACGAUGGAGGACAUCCAUCAGUUGAGUUCUUGAAUCCAGACUCUUUCCCAGGAAUUGAAGAAGCAAUUAAUCUUUCUUUCAAUAAUCUCGUUCAAAAUGUAAAGGUUUCCGAAUUGACAAGAUUAUUUGACUAA